AUGGCCCACGCCAAUUUCAUCGCCGACUUCAACGCCGACUUCAACAUCGACUUCAACAUCAAGUUCAACUUCAACUCGAACAAGAACGCGAACGUCAACAUGGACAUCAUCACCAACGCCAAAGUGAACCCCAUAGUAGCACAGGCUGCGUGUAGUCUCGUAUCGAUCCUGCCUUGGACGCUCGCUGCGUACUUUCAACGUUGGCCGCAACUCAACCUUAAGGCUCACCGUAUGCUUGCCUUGAUUGCCACCGCCUCCUUCGCCUAUUAUUUGAUCGACCAGGCAUCGAUCAGACUACUGCUGGGUUCUACUGGGCCGGGACAUGUCUGCACGCCAUGUGGUUUCACAGGUCGUAACGCAUAA